AUGCGGAGAUGGGACAUAGGACGGUGGCGGGGUGGGAAUAACAGCACCUAUCAGCUUCUCCUAGGUGAGCAUCUCUAGCCGCUGCAUGUGAGGAUGGGUGCUAUUCCCACCCCCUUUAUGCUUCUUUGGCCCCAACCCGUGUCUAUCCGUUCCCGUGGGCGGUGAUGCCACCCCGCGAGUGUGAGAGAGAGAAAGAGAGAGAGCGAGAGAGACACUGGACGAGAUCUAUAAAAAGGGGGGCAGGCAGAAGGAAGGGAGAGAAGGAGAGAAGCGGCGAAGAGAGAGAGAGAGAAAUGGCCGGAAUCAUCCAGAAGAUCGGGGAGGCGCUGCACGUCGGGGGGGAGCACAAGAAGGAGGAGGAGAAGGCCAACCACAAGGGGGAGGGAGUGGGCAGCGGGGGGGAGCACAAGGAGAAGAAGGAGGAAGGGCUGGUGGAGAAGAUAAAGGAGAAGGUCCACCUCAAGGGAGAGGGAGAGGGAGAGGGAGAGGGUGAGAAGACGGAGAAGAAGAAGAAGGAGAAGAAGAAGAAGAAGGAUAAGAAGGAGGAUGAGGAGAAGGAUGGCCACAGCAGCAGCAGCGACAGCGACUAACUGGCACCUCCUCUCCAUCCCCUCUCCCUCCCUUGUAAUAAGGAUGCCAUGAUCAAAUAACAAUAGCUUUCUCCUUGCUCAGUGCAGCGUCUCGUCCUCUCUCUCUCUCGCUCGCUCGCUCGCUGACCCCGGGUUUCGUGGGCUUCCGGUUUGGAGCCUAUUUUUAUUACAUAUUAUAUGUAUAUAUUUUCCAGAAGUGCCAGGUGGAAGGAAUCCCUCCCCCGCUCCUCUCUGCGUUCUCGAGAAGACCAAACUUAAAAGGAUACUAUAAUGUGUCCUGUAAUGGUGUCUAGAGUAUCUGACUUUUAUUAGAAUUUUAUAUACCAAACUGUGGGCCCCACUGCUUUAUUAGUGUUAUUAUUGCAUUCAUUACUUUUUAUCUCCUCCAGCUUUAUGGAAGAUGUCUUUGAUUAUUCGCCAAUAUAUGUACUAAGCUCGUGUGAGGCAAACUUGGAAUGAGAUAAUUUAGACUGCACCAAUUUGAAGGUAUUCUUGGUCACUGCUAUUGUUCACAAUCAUAUUUUUCAUCUAAUUAAGUAGUUGAAACUAAUCAUAUUAUGUGCAUACUUUCAUGUGAUUUAAUUUAAUUUUGUAUUCACCAAUGUUUUCCACCUCCAACUUUAUUGAAGAUGACUCUUUGGCAAGUUUAAGAUAUUUUGAUGAUGACUAUCUAUAUACGAUGAUAGUUUAAUAACCUUAUAUAAUAUAAAUUAUUCAAGUGAUGAUAUUGAUUGCUUGAUAUUAACAAAGGUUCACCUACUCUAAUAAUGACUCAGUUUGGGAGGUACAAGAAUUGUUGCAUGAGCAUAAACCUAACAAGAACUUUAUUUGAGUAGAAUGGUCAUCACUUUAUGCAUGAGGCUCAAUAAUUUGAUUUUAUGUGUCAACUGAAGUCACUAACAAAGCAUAUGCAUACAUUCAAAACUCUUUAAAAGAGCAGUUCAAUGUAGUUAAUCAUGUCACCAAACUCCAAGAUUUUGAAUUGGUAUUGAUUCUACAAGAUUAAGAUGUACUUUUAGAGUUUAAAAUACAUGCAAAAAAUGUGACAUUUUUUAGAUGGUUUAAGAACCAUUAAAUCGCCCCAAUAAGCUAGAGAUCAACCACAGCCCAUUAAAGAGGCAUUUUCUUAGCUGAAGAAGAAGAGUGAAAUAAGAACAAUGAGAGAGAGUAAGACCUUUAAUUUAAGCAAGCUUCAACAUCUACCUCAAAUUCUCUAAUGACAUUUAAGAGGAACAAGUAUUGGGGAAGAAGCAAGUGUUUAGAGUGCGGUUCUACACAGGUCCCAUUUAGAGUCAAUCUAGAGGAGAUUAUUCAAAUUGGUCUGCACUUAGAUAAAGAAGCAAGUUGAAUUAAUUAAAUCUUAGAUUUGCCUUUGGUCAAGUUGUUAAUAAUCCUUUUGAUGUUCUUUCUCCAAACUUAAUUCUAUGGCUUUCUCAAUUCUAAAUUUAAAGUAAUUUAACUUUUAAAGUAGUUCUACCCCUAUUUUUGAAUCAUGAAUCACAAAUUUAUCAAUUAAGACUUGUUCAGAUUGCCUUAAAUAAAUUAAAAAUUUCAUAGAGAUAUAUUAAAUCAUGAACCUAAUAUGUAAAAUCAUAGCAUUAACAACAUAAAAUAAUUCAAAAUCCUUUGUUAAAGAAUAUUAUUUAAGAUUCAAAAAAUCGUGUCAAUAUGAGGGUUCAAAUCUAGUUCAUUAAUUCAAUGUCAUAACUAAUGGAAAUAUAUGUCUUCACAUUGUGAGAGUAUACUAUAUUGAAUAAACUUUCAUACUCAUAUUUUAUUUGAAAAAAUUAUAUUUAUUUUGAUGUGCUAAUCAUUAAUUGUUGACAAUGAAAACCCUAUAAUAUUAUCAAUUAUCAAAAUAAAAUUCAAAUUAUUAAUUCAAGUGAUAAAAUAAAUCAGAAGUUUAAAUUUAAUAUUAUUGGGCUUAAAUUUCUCUUUGAUAAAAAUAUUUCAAAUUUAUUUUAAAUAAAAUUUAUGAUUAUUUUGAAAAACUAUUUAGUGAUAUUUCAUGAAUAAUGAAUAAACAACAUUGUUUGAUGUAUAUAUUAGUGCUCAAAUAAUUUAUUUUUGGUGAUUACAAAACCAUAGAAAGAACUCACGAGGAUGAUUUUAAUUAAGCUUCCUAAAAUUUGUGUUGAAUAUAUUCCAAUUUAUUCAUGUUAGUUGUUAGAGUAAAAGAUUUUUGAAAGAAUCAAAUUACUUAAUCUGAAUUGUUGUAUUACAUUCAUAAUUAACACAAUAAUUAUAGCUAGCAUAACAAUCUCGUUCCUCGCCCCUCUUCUCCUAUGAUUCCAUUUUCUGUACUCUCCCCCUAUCACAAUGAUCUCACCCUUAUGACUUUAAACGAUCCCCUUGACUUGCAUAACUUCUUCUUGAAACUUAUACUUUUACUCUCUAAUUUUUUCAUCAUAAAAAUAUUGAUAAAUUCUUUAAUUUCUCCAAGAAUGAAUAUGUAGUAAUGUCAUUUAAAAUUUUUCAGCUAAAAAAAUAUUAUGCCAAUAGAAUUCAAUGAUAGAGAAAUCAUAGGAAGAAUGAUAUGAAUUUAAGGUUCCAUUGGCAUAGAUUAAAACUUCAAGUAGAAAGAUGCAUGAUUUUUUCUUUCUUGAGAAAGAUACUGACCAUACUUUGAAGGUUAGAAGGCUUGAGAUUCAAAAUUUAUUUCUUCAUGCAUUCAAUUAUAAGAUUCACUAAAUUUAUGGCUUGGCCAUAUGUGAUAUGAUACACUAAAAAUGAUCUAAUAUGGUUAUGUGAUUUUUGACACUAGGAUGAUGCAAAAAAUUCUUUAUUAGAUUUGAUGUACAACUUGAUGAAUUCUUCCAUGAAAAUGAUAAGUCUAAUCAUGAUUAGUUGUAGAUAUAAAAUUUGAGAUUUCCUUUCCCAUAGGAGAUUUUAUGACUCUAUCAAUUGGAAGUUAUAUUGCCUCAUCUAUGAUAUCACUAGUGAUUGCAUGUAUUCCCUCAAAGAUGUGUUGCAAAUGUGUCACUAAUAAUGUAUAAGUGGUGAAAAAAGAUCAUUUACUAAUUCUAUGUAAAUUCUACACCUAGCGGUGAUUAGAUAACAUCCACCCAUUUUUCUUUGGAGUAUGUAGGCUAGUUUGUGUGAUUUGAAUCUAGAUUCAGAAGAAUUGAAAAUAUCAAUGGUAUCAAUAAAAAGGUGAAUUUUAAUGAACAUUAGUGAAUUAGGUAAUGUUCAUUAAGUAGUCUAGACUAUGCAUUUCAUCAAAAUGAUUUUUCUCUUUUGACUUUUCUAUUAUGAUUUGUUUGACAACUUGGCAUCUAUUUGAUAUUGAAUAUUUUUAAGGAUUGUUUGAAUCUCUAGAGGAUCAAUAAAAGGAUUGAUUUGAAUUCAAAAAUAUUUUUAAGGAUUGAUUUUAUUUAAAAUAAGUUAUUAAUUAGAUAUGGACAAUGAGAAAAAUAAUGAGUUUCUAUUACAAAAUUGAUCAAUGUUUGCCUUUGAAAUAGUGAUGUGAAUUUGAAUUUUAAAAUAGUUAUUUUAAGAAGGAUGACUUCAAGAUAGAACUUAACUUUUGGAAGAUGACAAAAAUAAUUUUUAAAACUUUAAACUAAUGUAUAAGUAAAAGUCAAUGUGUAGGACAAAAAAAUUCUAGUUCAAGUUUGAUUUUAAGGAUUAAAGAUAUUUGAAAAUCAAGGUUGUGCUGGUCCAAAUCAUAGAUGAUGACACUUACAUGAGUUGAGUUGAGGAUGACGAAGAGGAUGAAUGAUGCAUUGUUGUGUGGCUUUUCUUUUUCUAUAUAGAUUUUCUUUAUCAUAAUAUAAUCUAGGCAAAGUAUUUAUUUUUAUUGUAUGGUCUUAUCAAGUUUAACAAUCAGCUAAACAACUAUAUCUAUGUGAUAUUUUUUCAUAUGAAAACCAUUUAAGUCAUAUGGGUUGUAGGUCUUAGAUUGUUUUCCCUUUAUACAAAAAUAUAAUAUUACUAAUCUUGUAAAAUUGAUAAAGAAUUAGUAUAAGUACAUGUUUUCUCCUCCCUUUAUGUCAAUGUCAAAAAGACAAUCAGUUGUAUUAUGUGCUAUUUGUACAAUAUCUUUGUGACAAAAAGAAUAAGAAAAGAAAAUGUAAAACAUAACAUAAUUUUUAUUAGAAUAGUCCAACUAGUUGAAGCACUAAGGUAGGGAGAGGGGAUGAAUUAGGUAUAUAAAAAAAAUUUUAAAAAAUGGUUCUGAAAAAGAUUGAUAAUCAAGCCUAUUUAUGUGUUGACUCAAGGAGGAGAACCUGUUAACAUAUACAUUAAGGUUUUUCAUGCUAGUAAGAUCUUACAAUAGUUUUUUCAUAACAUAAAUUUUAUCUAUUUUUAGUCUCAUAGGAAAUUAGUAGUGUUAAUUAUUCUCUUCAAAGAUGUUGAUGCCCUUUUUGUUACUACAACAUAAAAUUUAUUUAUUCUUUGUUAAAUAUUCAAUGAAUUUUAUGAAGACUUAUAUUAGAUGUUUAAGAUCUCUAAGAAAUAUUCAAAACAUAUAUUGAUGAUGCUUGAGUAAUUCUAUGGUUAAAAAAUCAAACCUAAUAGGUAUUUCCUUGAGAUACUCAUAUGGCGAAUUUAAUACAAUAAUAUAAAGUUUAUAUAUAAGUGUAAAAAUUCAAAUGGAAACACAUGUGAUGAAGUUUCUUUAAGGUCAAGAAAUAUUAAGCUAGAUGUAGGAUUCGAACUUAAAACCUGAGUGAAGGAAAAUUGGAAGCCUCAACAAGAAAAAUCAUUUAGAAAAUCAAGAAAUAAUGAUUCAAAUGAAGGAUUCAAACUUAGAACUUGAGCGAUGGAAAGUUGUAAGCCACAAUGAGAAAAACACAUGAAAAAUCAAGAAAUACUAAGUUAAGUAUGUGAUUUAAACUCAAAACUUAAAUAAUAAAAAGUCAAAAUCUUCAUUGAGUAAAAUAAUUGAAAAUCAUAAAUAAACAAAGACAUUGGUAAGGUUCAAACUCAUAACCUAUACAACAAUAAGCUAGAAAGCUAAGUAAAGAAAUAUGUGAAAAAAAUAGAAUAUUAUUGUCUCCAGCAUGAUUUGAACUUGAGAGCUAUAUAACAACAAAAUGCAUGGAGAUAACAACAAACUUAACAACUAUGUCUAUACUCAACACUAGCUUUAAAGAUGAUCAUUGAUAAGUUAGGAAUUCAUUAACCGAGUUUCAAGUAUAAUAGCUAUGAUAAUAGUGAACUUCAAUGUAAAGAAUGAGCAAAGGUCAUUGUCACACAUUCUAGAUGGUGGCAUGUCAAUAGGACACGUGGAGAUAACUACAAGCUAAAUAAAUUUAUUUUAACUCAAUCUUGAAAUUAAAAAUGUAUAUUAAUAAGUUCAGAAUCUUUAAACAAAGUCUAAAGUAUAAUAAAUAUGAGAAUAACAAGUUUCAAAGAAAAGAAUGAGAAAAGUUCAUUAACAUGUGGGUAGAGCAACGUGAAGAAAUUUGAAUUCACAUGACUAUUUUUAAGAAAUGAAAAGAGAGGAAAACGUUAGAAGAUAAAAAGGAGCUUACGAAGAAGAAUAAUAAUUUUUAUGAAGAUAUUUUUAUUACAUUUAUUCAUGCUCAAAGGAACAUUCAUCUCCAUUUAUCACAGAAUCUAACAUGGGCUUCAAUAAAGAAUUAAAAGUUGCAUCAAUAAUAUAUUCAUCAGUAGUGAUUAACGUCAACAUUUACUUCAAAGGUUAACUCUCUCAUGUAUAAAGGUCAACAUUCACUGCUGAAGUAUUUUUAGGUACUUGAAUAAUGAAUAGAAAGAGAUUUAAGUUAAUGAUAAUUAUAAAUUAGUAGUUGUAUUUAUGUAUGAAUAUCUUAUAUAUAGAUAUUAAUUAAUAGAUAGAUAAUGUCAUUAUAUAUAUUAUUGACUUAUUAUGAUAUUCAUAAUAUUUGAUUAUUUAAAUCUUAAUCUAUAUUAUUUUAUUUAUUUUAUUUAUAUUAUGAGACUAACUUCACUUGACUUUUAUAAAGUCAAGUAAUAAUUCUCUCACAUUUUUGUGAUAAUUAUUUGAUGCAAUGACUUAUGUGACUCUUAUUAUGAGUUAGAAUAAUGAAAGAAGCUUAAGUUUUCAGUCCAAAAAAAAGCCAAGUCUUAUAGAAAGGGCCAGCUUAAUAUGCUUAUGAGCCCGAGAGAGGGUGUCACCUUGACCUAGCUCAUUUAGACUUAAAAGGACUAUCAAGAGAUAAGAUCUAAGUCACUUAUUUUAUGGUACCCUAAGAUGAGAUUAAGAAGAGAAUUAGAGUGUCACUCUCAUGAAAUAAUCUGGAACAUUCACUAAGAGAGUCAGUUAUCAAUCAUAAUCAUCUAUUAGAGGGGCUUAAUUAUUUAGAGGUUUAAGACAUCUCAACCCCCCCCCCCUCUCUUGGAGGGUGUUUUUUGGCUCUCUCUCUCUAGUAGUGGUUAAUUGUAAGAAAAAAUAAAAAAAAUCAAAAUCCAAUCAGCAACAUUCUUGUUUUAAAAUGUAUCAAGAUGGUUGUAGAUUAAGCACCACUAGGACUGAUGAACAAUGAGGUCUAUGUAAGAUCUAGAUUUAGACAUCUUUGUAAUCUUCUCUAUGGAUAGAUUAACUCUUAGUUUGAACUAAUUUUAUUAUUUAUUCUAUCAUUCUAUUACGUUAGAUUCAUUAUCUCUCCUUUGUCACAUCUUUUCUUUUUCUUGUCUUUACCUUUGUUAGAUUAAUUUCAUCCUUCAUAAUCUCAAGUAUAUCUAUAUAUAUAUAAGAAAUAAAAUAACUAAAAUUCUUACUCUCAUUACUCACACUUCUUGAGAGUCAACCUUUACUUAUCAUAAAUAAAAGAGUAAAGUUUUAUAAAUAUUAUUUACAUGAACUUAAUUACAUCACGAUGAAAUAUCUAACCUCUAAAUUGAGUUCAUCAAUUAUGGCACAUAGUGUUGAAAGCUUAAUUAUACUUGAAAAAGGUAUGAUAUUUGCUAAGAUCAUAUUAAUGUGGUUGAGCUAUUGAUCUCAUGGAAUCAUUAUUUAUUUCUGAAAGAGAAUAAUGAACCUUGAUAGGAAGAAUCCUUUGAGAUUAGAAGUAGCCAAGUGACAAACAAAUUACUAUAAAAAUUUAAUGUGUUAGUGGUGACAAGAAAGUCAAGAGGGAACUUGAGUAGAAAGAAACUACAUCGAUUAGACUUGUCCUUAGAAUAAGAUAAUUGUGUAAGAACCUAUGUAAUCACAUUCAUUCAUAGAUAAAAAAAAUGAAAAUAAGAAAAAACCAUAGGAAACUAAUUCAACCCAUCUCAUUGAACCUUUUGAAAGAUACAGAAAAUCCCAUGUGAUCAACAACCCAACUCUCAUGUUUGUAUUUGCAAAAACUUAACCAUUCUCAAGGCAAAUAUGAUGUGUCAUGUGCCUUUGCUAAAGUAACUCUCUUCAACACUUAAUUACCUUAGAGUUUGAUGGAGAACUUGAGUUAUAGUUGUUGAAUUAUUUGAUUUUUGGAUCAAGUCAAUGAAGAAUAUGAAGUAAGUUCACUCAUCAUUUGCACAUCUAAAUAAGUACUUUGAACUCAAUUGGUCAAUUAAAUAAAAAAAUUGAAGAUAUAAAUAAGUACUUUGAACUCAAUUGAUUAAUUCAAUAUCAAUAUUAAUUACAAGUAAUGAUCUUAUAUUAUGAACAUCUAGUACAUUGACUAAACUUUCAUACAUACAAUUUACAUCAAUAAUUAUUGAUAAAUUUGAUGUUCAAAUCAUUAUUUUGAUUAUAGGAAAUUUCUAUAAAUGUUAGUAAUUCUCAUUGCAAGAUAUACUAUUUUUCAAAUUCAACAUUAUGGUAUUAAAAUGCAUUCCUUGACUUCUUAUUCAGAUUAUUAAUAUUAUUAUUUUGGAUGUUUUCUUAUUUUAUUUUAACUAAAUUCAAAAGUGUAUAUAAAAUAUUAAUCAAUCAUAUAUCAUGCAUAUAUAGUGCUUAACAUUAUUUAAUAUUUUAUUUUCUUAUGCAUGUUUGUCAUCAUCAAAAUAUUAUUAAAGUAGUACUUCAAUAAUAUCUACGUCAUCUAUUACACAUUAGAUGUAGACUAAAUCAAAUUGAUUGAGUAAAGAUAAUGUCAAGAGUGCAUUGAAUUAAUCGUCCUCAUUUAGUGAUUCAAAUUUCAAAGCAAUUUUUUAUUUUAAUGAGAAAAAAAUAGGAAUGAGAAAGAGAAGAAUGAUUUUUUACUUGUCACAUCACAACAAUCAUCAUCAAGUCUACAUCAAUUCAUAACAUAUCUUCAUGCUAAAGUCAAUGCAAACUGCUGAGAUAUCAUUUGGGAAAGUGUCGAACAGAUUGAGUAAUUUCAUCUAUUUUUAUUUAUAUUAAAUUGAGAGACUAAGUUUCCAAUAGUCAUGAAAUACAAAAGAAAGAAAUGUGGAGCAUCGCUUAUUUUAGGUGUCAUAGGGCUGUGAAAUCUAGAAAAGAAUAGAUUGCUUCUUCAAUUUUUACCACCAAGAGCUGUAAAAUCUAGAUGGGGAUUUUGGAAAUGCUAGAACUAUGAAAUAUAAUAGGUUGUUGUUGUAUCUAAAAGUCGAAGUGUAAACACUACGAUUUAUAAGAAUUUAAGGAUAGAGUUUUGUAAAUUUAAUGGAACUUGUUGAUGAUUAUUCUUGUUUGUAAAUCGUUGACAUCAAAGAAAACUAUGUCAAUUCAACCCCCCAUCGGAAUAUCGUGCCACCAAUUAGAAGUCAACACCAACUUCAGCUAAUAUGUGACAAGCAUGCCAUACUUUUUCUCCCUUAUGAGUUUCUCAUUUCAGAAUAAAUUCAUAUUUAUUGGCUUUAUCUGGGUUUUCGAAUUCUGUCAUAUCUCAACAGAUGAAGGGUUGACCUAAUUACCCACUUCAAUCAAAGCUCAUUGCCUUCAUCUGAGUUUUUGAUUUAUGUCGUCACAUCUCAUUAAAUGAUGGACCUGAUAACCCCGUUUCCUUAUUUUCUUCAAAGAAACUCCCUCAUCAUCAUAAUUUUCACCCUCAGUUUAUUACCCUCCGAUAUUGAUCUACUACAGGUGCCAAAGUUGGUGGAGUAUACUUUCAAGAAGGGAACCUUCACAGGGCCUACGUACGUGCUAAGCAGAGAGAGGAUUCCCCCCCUUCCAUUCCCCCUCCUCGCAACCCAACCUACUUACGAUAGAUAGACCUGCAAGAGCAAUUUGAUGCUUAAUGUGCUCCUUCAUUGGUGCAGUAAAUGGAAGGCGAAAUGCUAAUGAGCGUUGACAUGAUUAGUGAGGGGGUAUCACCGUCCGAUCAAUGAGGGGCGUCCCCUGCUCCCACAUUAAGAAAAUAAUAAUAAUAAUAAUUAUUAUUAUUAAAUAUAUAUUAUGUGGUUUUUUUAUCUAGUUUUUGUCGUCUUACCACAGUUGCGGAGGCUGUACUUGAAAGCGACCACGGCCCAGCUAAUGGACCGAGACUUUUUCAAGGGCAUUUGACUUUGUCCAUGAUUGAUUCGCUGUGUGCUGGACGUCACGUGCCGUGACGUGGCAGAUUUCUUGCCGUCAAAUACCUGGACAGCAACUCCAGUCAGCUGCAUCCGACGGACCCAAGCCGUCUGGAGGUUUCCGAUAUCCGCCUGGGUCCACCAUCGUUCUCACUUGCAGAUGCGAAAGAAGCGAUCGGGGGUUGGAAUAGCAGUAUCCGACUGAUUCUCCUCCUCGUGGGGAGCUUCUCCAAGCGAGACCUGUGAGGUUUGGUGCUAUUCUCAUCCUCUUCAGGCUUCCUUGGCCCCAGCCAAUCAUCUAUAUGAGAGGCAAGCGAGAAAGCGGGAGAAAAGAGGAGAGGGAGAGGGAGAGUGUGAGAGAGAGAAGUCGGGAAUCAUCCACAAGAUCUAGGAGGCGCUCCACGUCAGCGGCGAGCACAAGGAGGGAGGAGGGCUGAUGGAUAAGAUCAAGGAUAUGAUCAAGGAGAAGCUCCACUACGAGGAGGAGGGAGGGGGCCUUGUGGAGAAGAUCAAGGAGAAGAUCUACCAGUUGGGGAACGGCGAGGAGGAAAAGGAGGAAGGAGGGGGCCUAAAGGAGAGGAUCAAGGAGAUGAUCAAGGAGACCUUCCACGAACUGGUCUACGGGGAGGAGGAGAAGAAGAAGAAGAAGAAGAAGAAGGGGAAGGAGGGCGAGGAGGAGGAAGAGGAGGAAGAGGAGGAAGAGGAGGAAGAGGAGGAGGAGGAAGAGGAGGAGGAGGAAGAGGAGGAGGAGGAAGAGGAGGAGGAGGAGGAGGAGGAGGAGGAGGAGGAGGAGGAGGAGGACGAAGGAGGGGAUGAGUAGGUGGUAGGGGGAGUUUCUUCGAGUUCGACCUCGACCUCUAGGACUAGCUUUCGGUACCUCCUCUCUUUCCCUCUUCUCCCCUACCCCGCCCCUCAAUUGUCUCCCCCUGUAAGAAGGAUUCCAUGAUUGAAUAACAACCGCCUUCUCCUUGCUCCCACUGUCCUAGUGCUCUCUCUCUCUCUCUCGCUCUCCCCCCCUCUCUAUCUCUCUCUCUCGCGGCUCUCUCUCUCCCCCCCUUCUCUCUCUCUCUCUCUCUCUCUCUCUCUCCCCCUUCUCUCUAUCUCUCUCUCUCUCUCUCCUUCGCUCUCUCGUUCUUUCUGUCACUCCGAUUCUCUCACACCUUUUCUAUCUCUCCCUCGCUCACCAUCUGUAUGUCUCCUUCGCUCUCUCGUUCUCUGUCUCUCUGAUUCUCGCUCACUCUGUUAAUAUCCCUCUCUCGCUCAGUAUCUCUGUCUCCCUCUACCUCUCUCUCUCACGCACUCUCUCUCUCUCUCUCUCUCUCUCUCUCUACCCUGCUGACUCCGAGCUUCGUCCCCCUCAGGCUUGGAGCCCAUUUCUUAUUACAUAUAUAUCUUAAAUUGCACGUUGGUUCCGGAGGUUUCGGAUAGGCCGAACUUAGAGGGCACUAGAAAAUAUCCUUCAACGAUAGGUGUACUUUACUGUGAGUCGCUCCACUUUCCAUGUAUCAUGGGAUCAUAAGCCUCAUGGGAACGAACAGAAGAGGCGAUUCCCCACGCAGCUGGGCCAAACAGCAAGCUCGAGUUGUUUCUCCCUCGUGUCAGCGGAGCGAAGUAGGCAACGCUCACCGGCGCCGGCGCCGGCAACCAUCGCUUCCGCCGGCGAAGGGGGAUGGGGGAGUAGGCAACGAGGCGGCGCCACCGGCGACGACGUGGAAAAGCUGCAAAAGGAUACCCGAAUACGAGUCCCAGUUGGACACGGUACAGGACAUUAGAAUCAGAUUAUAUCCUUUAACAGGCAAGCUCUCUAGACAAGCCAAAGAUGAUCAUAUAAAACUAAUUAAUCAUCGAUGAGAUGCUGACUUUAUAUGGAAAGCAGAUUCAAAAAUCUCACAUUUUUUCUAGUCUCUCAGCAUUAAAUUCUAAAAUAGUUGUAAACCAAUAUCAAACUAUUAAGGGUUGAUAAGGGUUCAUAUAUCUUCUAAGAUAAAUCAUGAUUAUCAGUCACAUAUGUUCAUAUCCCAAGGUUAUAUUUUCAAAUAGAUCUGA